AUGGUGAAAUUCCAAUUUGACACGCCAUCGACAUCCGUCGCGUCAUCCAUGGAUGAAAAGAGGGCCAAACGAUGCGAUUGUUCGGCAUGUAACAUUUGCAAAUUCUUUUGUCGCGAACAACAAUACAUCCUAAAAGUGCUUCUGAUCGUUGUCAACAUCUCCAUCGUUAUGACGAUAAUCGCUGCGAACACCGUAAAACUCAACAAAGACGUGCACGCAACACGCACCUCGUUAAAAGUGAAUCAAUCGUUGUUCUAUCCUGCAGUGACGAUUUGCCAAAAUCCAGCGACACGUCAAAAAUCUGCGGCAAAUAUGCUACAAAGAAAGGUUAUUGAGGACGUCCAGUUGAAUAAACUCUCGUCUGAAAUAGCGAUAAAAAACUACUCGACAUCAAGUCUCAUUUAUGGCCAGUGCGAUACACUUGUCCCCCAACUGCCAGUCGAUAAUGUUGGCAAACGUUUUGGCUACACGAUAAAUGUCACGUAUGACGUCGAACCCAUUGAUGACUAUAAAUUAUUUGGUUGGCAUAUUUUUAUACACGAAACGGUACAUAAAUUUGAUGAUCACUGCAUUGAUGACGGUCGCGCAGAUUACCUGUAUCUCCAUGGAUACGACGAGAUGCACGUGAAAGUCAAAGCGACUCAUUUCGAGCGAGAAACGGACUGCGCUUGGAACGAAGAAGUUGAGGAAUGUUACGAAAAUUGCUUCAAAUUAUCGUUGCCAGGAGGAAAUGGAAGCAUCGGAGGCGAAAUCAGCGUUAAAGAAAACUUGAAUGAGAACGAAAUGAUGAAUCGAACAGAAUGUACGUGCCCCAGAGUUUGUGACUUAACAACGUACGAUACAUUUGUCGAUCGAAGGAUUGCCUUGAAUGACUCCGAGUCAAGUGUUAAGGGACGAUUGAUGAUUUACUACACAGAAAAACGAUUUUUGAAUAUUCGUGAAAAAACUGUUUAUGAGUGGCCUCAGUUCUUGGCAGAUUUAUGUGCAGUAAUUUCAUUUUUCAUUGGAUUGACGAUGAUGAGCAUUUUUAACAUUCUCUACAAGUUCUUUUCAAUGGCUUGCUGUUCCAAAGCAACGUUAGAAGAUUCUGUCAAAUCUGCCCUCAACGCUGGUUCCCGCAAACAAAGUACUGUUUUGUAA